AUGGCAGCCGGUACACAUAUGGCUGCAACACAACAAGCAGCUGAUGAUCAAGCAUCGUCACUUUAUUUUUCUGGUAUAUGCCAAACAAUAUCAGUUAAAUGUCAACAUAGAAAUGAAAAUGGUUUAUUAACAUGUUCAAGAAAUCUUUAUGUUUCUUGUCCACAUUGUCAUUUAUUACUUUGUAUUGAUCAUAUACAUGAACAUGAAAAUUUAUUACGAUAUGAAAUUGAACAAUUAAUUAAUGAAACGAAUAUAGUCAAAGCAAAUAUUCGUGCAUUAUUAACAACAUCUCAACAACAACCAACAUCAACGACAGCACAAGUACUAGAUGAAAAACAACGUACACUAUGUGAAUUACUUGAACGAUGGGCUACAGUUGGAAAAAUUUCUAUGUCACAAGCAGCACUUAUACAACAUCAAUGUGGUUAUAUUAGUCAAACAACACAACAACAAGCUGCAGCAGCAUCAACAGCUGCAGCUGCUGCUGCUGCACUUGCUGCUGGUGCAACAAAUCAUCAUAUUGCACAUCAUAAUUUACCUGCGCAACAAAAUGGUAGUGGUACAACUAAUCCAAAUAAACUUCCAUCACAUCAUCAACCACAUCAUACAAGUAGUGGACAUGGUAAUCAUCAUCAAACAAAUUCACAUCAUCAAGAUCGAUCAUCACAGCAGCUAGCAGUUAAUGUAGUUAAAAAACGACGAAGUGGUAAAAAUAAAAUUGUGACUUUAUUAAUGAAAAAUGCUGAAGGAGAAUACGAAUGUCCAAAUGUUCAAUGUCGAAAAUCACUCAAAUGUCAAGGAAUAACGGCGCAUGUGAAAGCUUGUGCUGUCGAUUGGCUUAAAGAAAAUGGGCAGUAUCUUAAUUUAAAUUAA